GAGAAGGAGGAACGGCGGUUUUGGGGGGCCAGCAAACAUUCGCCUAUCAUCAGUCAACGUAAAGCCAACUCCUCCUCUUCUGCUGUUACGCACAUGCAUGCAGCCUCCUGGCAUAAGACAAAACAUUAACUAAACAGACUACUGUCAAGGAAAAGUGCCUCUCCCAGGCGGCCUGCGGGAUUUUAUCAAGAAAAGGCUGUUGGUUUUUUCCUUUUUCUACUUUUCUUUGCAGAGAAAAAGUAGCUUGAGCGACACAAAUCUGCAGCUGAAAGCAUCAACUUGGACUGUGCAACCUAGAGAAGGGGAGGAAGCCUCUCUCACGGGCUCCCUGUUAGCUAUUUUGGACAUAUCUUUUUUGCUUCUCUCUGACUGUGUGAUGCAGUUAAAGGCUGCUGUCUGGUUUUGACAUUGGCACGUCUUGUUAUAAGUUACUAAUUGUUCUGCAGAAGAAAAAAAAAAGAGAGAGAAAAUAUCCAAUGCCUCGCAGACUGUGAAUCCCUGAAAUACUACUUUCGGCAAGAAGGAGGCAUCGAUGCUGAGACCCAUGCAGCGGGGCUUCCAUAGUUGGUAUGUUUGUCUAUCGUAAAUGGAAAAGAAAAAAUUGAAAUACAAUCCGGUGAUAGCUGAAAAAAUAAUAUCACACCUGAGAGAAAAUAGAUUCCAACGAGAGAAGCGAAAUCUUUAUGAAUUAAUCAUAGCUUAUUAAUAAUGAGAGCUGCAGAGAUUCGGAUGACGGUUUCCAUUGGCAGAUGAGAGGUAGUGUGGAGAACACGUGCCCAAUUUUUCCCUCAUAUUUUUUCCUCCCUGAUCUGGAUUUCUCACUUGUCACGGCAAGAAAGGAAAACGUCAAAAAGCGAAAAUUCUGAGUGGCAUUAUAGCGCAGCCUCUGAUGGACAUCUUGGCUUGCAGAUCCGAAGAGAACAGUUAUAAUAUCCUCCCUUCUGCGGCGACGAUGCUCUUCCAUGGCCUCCCUGGAGGCGACGUGCACGGUGUGGUGGAAGAAAUGGACCGAAGAGGAAAGAGCGAGUCAGCAGCCAUCAGCUCAGCCAUCGAUAUGGGGGAAUCAGAGACGGUAGGAGAGACUCAUUCGGCCCUAUCGGCUUGUUAGCGCAGGCAGCAUGGCAGCCUGGAACAUGUGACAGUGGCUGCACUCUCACUGCUCCGAGCUCUCUGAUUAUUUAGCUCUCUCAAACACAAUCUACAUUUAAAAAAAAUAAAAGUACCAUCCUCUAAAUGUUGUGUUUAAAGGUUAGUAAACUUGCUUCAACAGGCCCAGACAUUGUUCAUCCCAAACUUAUUUUAAUCCAAAUAAAAGCUAAAAAAAGAGAAAAAAAGAAGAGAAGCUGCACAUUCACUCCAGAAACAAAGUGAUGAAAAUGCUUUUUAACUUUAACAACUACAUUUUCUAAAAUUUUCUAAUAUACUUUGUUUUAAAAAAAAGAAACAAACAGAUUCUAAUAGACAAAAAGGUUUUCAAACUUGAAAUUAAAUAGAUUUACGCACGAGUAAAACAGCUUUAACGUCCAUUAUUUUUUCUAAUUUGACAAAUAGCAGAAAACUCAAUUUUUUUGCAAUGUGCAAACCUUUAACUGUAAAAUAUACAUGAAAAAAACAUAAAAAAUGCAAUUUCAGUUUGAGAGUAAACCAAAAAAGGAAAAAGGACACGUGUUCGAAGAAAUGUUAAUUCACCACCUUUAUCCAAAAUGUGGUUUAGUGUAAGAAAAAGACAUGCAUGUUUAUUGAGAAGGCCUCUAUAAAUUUUCAUAUUGGCUAGUUACUGAUUCAUAACCCUGAAUUUAUAGUUUUUAAAACAAUAAUUGUAUAUAAAUCUUAUAAACAUGUUGAUACCUGCAAAAUAAUCCUUUAAUUAAAAUACCAGAACACAAAAAAGUGUUAAAGCUUCAUGACAACUUAAAAAAAAACAUUAUUGUGAUUUUCUUUAUGUUUGCUGUGUAAGGAAAGUUAAAGUAACACCAUUUUGUCCUUUAAGCACUCUUGUGUUUGCAUUGUUUGAGAUUAAUCUAAACCGAUCGGUGAUUUUUAACCGAGAUUUUCUUAAAACGAAAACAGUGACCGUGUCAUAUUUUAUAAUGCCUUAUUUCGAUCAUGGGAUGAAGUUCACAUUGAUCUUUUUUUUUUGCUGAAUCGAUCUUUAAACCCAGAUUUGUAUUUUAAUUGCAGUAUUGUGUUCCUCAGUGAUAUUCCUGUGCUGUUGGAAAAAGGGAUUAUUUUAUAUUCCCAUUAUGCUCCCAUGUGUGACUGCUGGUUGUGUGAGAGAAGAAGCUCGUGCUGUGACUCUCUAGGAUUUUUAAGUGUUUGUAUUAUUUAAAAAAAUCCUUCCUCUCGUGGUUUAUUUAGAUAUUUUACACUCUUGUACAAUCCUUUCACUUUUAUUCCUGUCUUUGUCCUGACUCUCUGUCCUCUCUUCUGUGUUGACCUAUCCAGUCCAUGCCGUGUGUGACCAGCGAGCGCGUGGCUCUGUGCGCGGGCUGUGGCAGGAAGAUCGCGGACCGGUACUAUUUACUGGCCGUGGACAAACAGUGGCACAUGCGCUGCCUCAAGUGCUGCGAGUGUAAACUCAACCUGGAGUCUGAGCUCACCUGCUUCAGCAAGGACGGCAGCAUCUACUGCAAAGAGGACUACUACAGGUACAGGAGGAGGGCGCACGGGGCCUGACCAAGAUCACAGUCAGAACAACAUUUGCAACAUUUAUAAUGGACUGUUGAAAAUUCAUAACAGCAGAAUAUGUGCAUCAGAUUUAUUAUAAAACGCAUCUAAAUACGUUUAACAUUAAAAUAGCCGAGUGAGAUACUUUGGAACAAUAUUUACGCACCGUUCCAACUCUUCAUUUCAUUUUAUAGAUGUUAAAUUCAGCAAAAUGACUUUUAUGUUACCAUUGUGGCGAAGCUACUUCCCUGAUUUUACCUUCCUAUCGUGUUGACAACUUUACUUUUAAGCUCCUUUCUUUAUCUUGUCGUUUUAGUCCCGUUAUUUUCACGUGUUUAAGAUCAAACGAGUGUUUACGCGAAGAAAUUGGAGAAAGAAAACAAAACCUUAUGUUAUGCUGUUUGCUGUAACUCAGAAAGCACAGCAUUAGAAGGCUACAUGUACAUUUGAGGGGGGAGGGGGGUUAACAAGAUGUCCAGCACCUCUAACAUUCAUCUCCCAUCUCUAGAAACUUUGGUAAACAUCGGCAUUCACUUAUUUAGUUUCGUUGUAAAACCACAAAACCAAACGUAAAGUCCUUUUGCUUUUGUGUACAUUUCUGCUGACUCUCUGUGUAACUUCAGGGUAAAUUGGCGGUGACUCAUGUCCACAUUUGUUGGGCCAAAGUUUAGAUGUUUCGGGUAAAAACGCACCGCAGAUGUACCAGCUGUCCAGGCCCAUGUCAGGCUCCGCGUACAGCCGCUGAUGACAUUUCUGUGUUGUCCGCAGAAGAUUUUCGGUGCAGAGAUGCGCUCGGUGCCACCUGGGGAUCUCAGCUUCGGAGAUGGUGAUGCGGGCCCGGGACCUGGUCUACCACCUCAACUGCUUCACCUGCACCACCUGCAGCAAGAUGCUGACCACCGGGGACCACUUCGGCAUGAAGGACAGUCUGGUGUACUGUCGGCUGCACUUUGAGACUCUCAUCCAGGGAGAAUAUCAGACACACUUUAACCACGCGGACGUGGUUCCGCACAAAGGCCUGGGCCCGGCCAACACGCUCGGACUAUCCUACUUCAACGGCGUGGGCACGGUGCAGAAAGGCCGGCCAAGGAAGAGGAAGAGUCCGGGGCCGGGAGCCGAGCUGGCGGCUUAUAAUGCGGGUAAGAAGGACGUUUUAAAACAACAUGAAAGUUAUCAUUAGGGACGAUACUGUUGGCAGUACGCGCGAAGAGUUGGUGCUUUUAUAAAAUGAAAUUAGUUCAGACAUGAUUGACGAUUCAGCUUUUUAAAAAAUCAUUAAACACGUGGUGAAGUAGGCUUUUAUGAAAAAGUGAAUGAAUUUCAAAAGUGUGGAUUCUGUUGAGUAACUCUCGCUCCUGAGUUGUGUUGGAAAGUAGGAGCUAUGAAAGAAUAACAGGCUUCAUUUUUGGAAAUAUUUCUAAAGACGAUUUUUAAAAAUCCUAUGGCAUUAAAUUUUCCUCUGAUAUUUUCUAAAGGAGUUGAAAGUCACUUAGAAUAACGACUGGACCAAAUUACAAAGUCGCCACUUUUACGCAAGACUUCGUGAAAUUUUGCAUUUUGCGUUUUUAAAUUCAGAUAAACAACUUGACACUGCUUUACUAUUUCAAAUUUUCACAAUGCUAAUCUUAUUUUGUUACUUUUGCUGAUUAAUGUUCUGUUGUUGCUUUUUUUUAGUUUGUUCACAACACAUGAAAAUAUUCUGGAGAGGUUCUUUAACGCUUGAGUUCAUAUGAAGUAGCAAAAGUAUAAACAUGCUCAUGCUUAAUGCUGUGUUGUGUGUUAAGAGAGGGCGAUCAAACUAACUUUCCAACUUAGGAAUUAAACUAAAAACUGUAAACAACUUAUCAGUGGGAGACCAGUCUGUGAAUUCAGGCCCCAAACAACAGACUGUAAACACAUUUUAUCUAUUGUUGCAUAAAAAAAAGUGUUCAGCAGUCUAACCACUCCUCAGUCUUGCUUACGAUUAAGAUUUUAUCAUCAUAUUUUUAAAAAUAAUUGUAUGUAAUUGUAGUUUUGAUCAUAUUUCGCUGAAGUUAACCUUGGUUUUUCUCUUAAGAAACACUUUUUCCUCUCCCAUGUCCUCUUUGGGGGAUAAAAAAGAAAAGUUUUUUUGAUGUUCCGGCUUUUGCUUUCACCCUUUUCCACUUGUCAGGCUCCAUAGACAUCUACAGACCCUAACACCCCACCUCACACCCCCAUCCAACCACACACACUACACACACACACAUUCACACACACUUGCUAGAGACUUUCUGCAAUGGGACUGAGGCCAAAUGGGGUGUGUACCACAGAUCAAUGUGAUUUGAUGAGUUAUUCACUGGAAGAGAGAGCAGGGGAAUACAAGAAGUCUCUUACAGAACAGCUUUCUGUUUUUUAAUGCUCUGACAGUUAAUUAACCGUCUGAUUGUUGUCGUAAAAAAAAGAGAACAAGAAGUAUUAUGUAAGAAUACAAAACUGGUCAUAGAAACAGCAGCAAACAGAGAUUCUUUUACUUUCGUUUACUCUCAUUUUCUAAACUUUUUAACUGUUUUAAGGAGUCGCAGCAAGUGGAAUAACACUCCUAACUUUUUAAAACGUGCAUAUAAACUUUUUCUUUUCCGUAAGAUUCAGAUUCUUCUCUUUAAAAAGUAUAAAUUACUUUUAUUUCUUGGUUGCUUCACUUAAAAAAACCUGAACUUCAUUGUUUUAAAAGGGAAGCUGCUUGAUCUGAUCCCACUUCACAGUGCAGCCUAAAAAUACACAUUCUAGGACGCACAACACGAUCACAAAAGUACAAGAAAGCUUGAUUUCACUCAGGACUUAACUAACCUCAUGUAAAAAAUGCCCAUUGUGGGUAAAUAAAGGGGGGUAGAAAAAGACUCAGAGGCAGAAUGAGUCUGAAGGAGAGAGUGAAGAGGCAGUGCGCCCUCUUCUGUUCCCACUCUGAAACAGCACCGGUGCUUCACCUGAACAUCACAUGAGAACAUGUGGUGACCCGGAGCAGCCUGCAGCUCUCAGAUGUAAAUAAGACGUUGUGGUGUGUGUGUUUGUGUGAGACGGAUGAGGAGACGAGCAGGAAAAAACAGGCUGCUUUCUGUAAAAACGCCGCAGCAUAUGCUCCGGACAGAAAGCAGCAUUUGUUCUGCCUGGUGUGUAUCGGCUAAUUAAGUGAAGUGUUAUUCUGGUGCUUUUCACUCACUUCAUAUUCAUCAUUUGCAGCGUUCGGAUAUUGAACGCGAACUGUUAUGCAUGCAGCAACACUUAAGAUGUUGCCAAGAAAUUUGCAGGCUGAGAUAAAUACAUGUGUUUUGUGUGUGUGUGUGUGUGUGUGUGUGUGUGUGUUUGUGGGUUUAUAUGUGUGUGUGUAUUCAUUGAAGCCAGGCUAGCACCUCCUCUAUCCCAGGAUAAGAGAGACGUGCAGACAGGGAUGGACAGAAAGACACAGACAGAGAGAGAGAGGGACGGACAGAUAGAAGGGAAGAGAGGAGGAUGAUCUGCAGCUGGAAGAAACAGCUGUCAGGUCGCAGUAUCACCUCAGAUCAGAUCAGACUGAGUGUAUGAAGCUACAAAAAAAACCUUCAGUCACCUUUAAAGUUUUCUUUCUUUCUUUCUUUCUUUCUUUCUUUCUUUCUUUCUUCUCUACAUAAGCUGGGAUUUUGCUCUCUAUGCAGGCCUCACUUUUGGUUUUGUGACAAGCAGAGUUCUUAGUGAAAUAUUUUCCUCAAGUUGAUUACAAAUACGUCUCUUAAGUGGGUUUUAGUAGGAUGCCUUUCGUGCUGCUUCUUGCUCUUCAAUGUCAGGGAUCAUGAGAAUUCAAGGACCUAUAAAAGUAAAGUAAAACUCCAAACAAAGGCAGCCUAUUAGACGUAAAAUCAAACUGAUUUCCAUGAGUCUUUCCUUUGUCUAACUCCAUCUCUUCCUCUUCUCUGUCGGCCAGCAGCUCUGAGCUGCAACGAAAACGACGGCGAGUCCAUGGACCGGGACUCCCAGUACAGCUCCAGUCAGAAAACCAAGCGUAUGCGGACGUCCUUCAAGCACCACCAGCUCAGAACCAUGAAGUCCUACUUCGCCAUCAACCACAACCCCGACGCCAAGGACCUCAAGCAGCUCGCCCAGAAGACCGGCCUCACUAAACGUGUCCUACAGGUAACCACAGCGCGGCCUUUAGGCUUCAGAUGACACACACUGACAAACGCCAGCAGGGGUGAAAGUAUUUCACUUGUUUCCAAUGCAAAUCAGCCUCAGUCCAAGUAUUGAUAUAUGAAGUGAGGUUUUCCCGAAAGGAGCCAAAUCUGCUGCUUUAUUUUAACACAGAGCGUUUUUUCUUCAGAGGGAAAUUCUUGGAAGAUUAUCUGGAAACAAAAGCAGAAAGAAAAGUUGUCCUGCUUUUGUUUCUAUCCUUAUUCUUACUCACAUUUAAGUAAAAACACGAUCAAAAUGUGAGAAAUUGAUUUUAAAAAAGCCACAUUUUUGAGGAUUGUUGUUUCUAACUUCCUCUAACACUUAAAAGUGAAUAUUUUUGUUUACAUUAGGGUGAAAAAGUACCUGGAAACGAGACAAACCCAUAAACAAGCAAAAGUAAUGUGUCUCAUUUAAAGACUGAAGACUGAAAAACAGCUCUGUAGUUAUAUGCCAGGGAAGAAAUUGCACAGCGGAGCGUUUGAUUCCCACCAAAGACGACAGCAAAUUAUCUAGGGGACUGAGAGGAAGAAAAAUGAGACAAAAAAGUUUCUGAAUCAAAAUUUUUCUGAGAAGGAGGAAAAAAAAACAGGAGAAAUCAUCCCGCUGCUUUAAUUAAUGCUUGCAGAAAACAAAGCAGUCGUUUUGCUUUGAUGCGUUGGAUGCCUGUUAUUCCAGUUGAAGCGCCCGUUUCCCAUGGCUCCGUCAUGAUUCCAUCGCUAACACGCUCCAACACUCAGCUCGGCACAGACCGCCGCCUCUCUCACCACAUCUCACAUCCUGCUUUUUUAUCACUGAGACGACGAGCAAAGAUCAAGUUUGAGAAAUUCAGAUUUAGAUGUGUUGUAUCAAUCAGUAAGUCAAUAUCAGGGGCGCUGAGGAGGAUGACGCUGCCUGACUCAGGCUUUAGUGAAUGAAUUUUUGUGAUUUUAGGAAAAAUAUUUUAGAAAUCUUUGAAUCAAGUGGAAGUCAAAUCUGAAAAUUAAGUCAGGACUAAGCUUUAACCCACUUGUAGACUUUAGACACAUCCAGUGUAAUCUUUUCACAAUAUCAACAAAAAUAGGAAUCUCUAUUUUUUUGUGCAAGCAUCAAAUUAAUAUUAAAGUUUCCAUGGCAACCACAGCAUUUCUUUCUUUGAUUAGCUAUAAGGAGGAAAGGCUUCUGUACACAGCAAAGGAGCAUCAAAGCUUUAAGUCCUUAUUCAUCCUUGACUCCAAUCUAUGCAUGUGCAAAACAACUUUAAACAGACAGAAAGAAAAGCUGGUGUGUGCCAUUAACUAACAGUAAACCAGGGGCAGAGCGAUGGUAAACGUGAGGAUAAUGAGGGCCAUCAUGACAGGCAAAGGAAUAAGUAUUUUAUUUUUGUUUUGUUUUUUUAGAUUAGUGCUUUGACAGUGAUCCAGUCAUGAUUCUUGUUGCAAAUUUGCAGAUGAAGUUAAUGUUUGGUUUUUGUUAAGACCCAGAAAUGUCCUGCUUCAGGCUGCAGAAAGAUUGUGAUUUUGUGUGACGAUUAAAUUGGUUCAAUUGCCAGUUACUUUAUACAUAUAAAUAUACAGAUACAUGACACAUAGACUUGGUAAAACAUAGACAGGUUUCAGCUAAAUGAACAUUUGUGUUUCCGGUUUGUGAUCAAAGUUUAAACUAACAGCAAAGAAGGUCCUAAUAUGGGUCAAAUAUGAACAAACUCUGAAUUAUUACAUCAAGUAAUAUGAGCCCCAGUUUGUAUGUCUUGCUCUUUACAGUAUGUUUCAAUUCAUGUGAACACUGAUCCUCAAAGAAACCAAACUUUGUUCUGAUGUGCACAGCUACAUAUAUUUUUCAGACAUGUCUCAGAACACCUGUUAUUAAAAGCUCUUAACCUAUUUUUUAAAGGGAUUUUAGCCUUCAGGGGCAAUAGUCACAUUCCUUCUGGGAUGACUUCACAAUUAUAAGUUCAUUAUUCGCUCUGAUUUUAGUUUGAGUAUGAUCCUCUCUAAGGCUGUAACAAUAUAGAGGUAUUGGCCAUCUUGGAAAAACAAAGAAACAUUGAUAUCAUGCUAAAAUUAAACAUAAGAUAACACCAUGACCGAAUAAUAACAUGUAAGGUAGUUGCCGUUGUCUGUGAAAUUAAGGAGUCAUAUGUUGCUCUACCCUUGCCUUGUCUUUCCUCAGUUCAUACUGUUAUAUUCUUAAGUUAUCACUAUAAUAUUCUUGUUGUGAUAUUUUCAGGCCACAAUAAUAGUGAGGUGAAUAUUUGAUAUUGUGACAGCUUAACCAACGGUGGACUUUCAGUUUUUACAGGGGAAUAGAAAACAAAAUGGAAACAAAUACUUUAGAGAUAUGAGGAGUUCAGGAGGGAAACAUAUACGUUUUUAAAAACAUAGUUAAAAAAAACAUACAACCACAUCGCUCGAACUCAUCAUGACCACUUAAGUCUCUAACCAAACACAGUCAAAAAUGAUAUUCCUUUUCAUCUCUAACUUUAAAGAGUCUUGAGAUUCAACAUUUAUGUAUGUUUUUGAAAUACUUCCUGUCUCUCUGCUGCUUUGAUAAUAGUGGAAAGUUUGCUAACCAUAGUUUGUUAUUGUAAACAUUGAAUACUGACAUUACCAAGUUCUGUAGAUUUGAAGGGGGACCAGUGAUGAGUCUCAGUGGAUUUCACCGUAUUGGUGACCUCUUUCAAAUAUGUGAUAAUAAUGUGAGCUUUUGCUGAAAAUGACAAACCCUGGACCUGGUAAAAAUGUGCUCAUGUUGAGUGUAGGAACCACUUUUGGGGAUUGCUCCUAUUAAAGACUGCUGUCAGGAGAACAUAAAGAUAGAUUACAUUACAAUGGUUUUAUCUAGGUCUCAUUUAAAGCAGGUAGAUUUAUGAACUUUCUGCUGAAAAUUACCCAUACUUAGUGGUUUGAAAACAGUUUUUGUAAUUGCUAUUUUUUCUGCUUUUGAAAGUUGGUGUGUUAAAAAAUAUACUGUCAUAAAUAUUUCCAUUUUUUUUCUCUUUGAACUCAAAGGAAAGACACGUUCAGAGCUAUACUGUUUUUUAUGGUAUUUUAAGUAAAUUUCAAUAUGAACGUCUUACAUCUGUCUAUCGAUGGUUUAUAUGACCAUGAGAUCCUCACAGACAUGACAAAGUGACAGUGAACAUGUUGUUUCACAGAGAACUGAAGACUGUGAUGAUGGAUUUUUUUGGAUAGAACCUGGGACUCGUGUUUACUUCACCUCUCAGGCAGCUAUAAGAGCUUCCCCUUAUAACCACAGUAUCACAUUUACAGACUUAAAAGACACUUGAGACGCAGUAGGCAAUCAUCAUUCUGCUUUUAUUAGAGUCAGCUGCACUAAUGUUGUGGGUUGAUCAGGUUUUAAGUGCACUGUAUCAGUUUGCAGUAAAGACUGAUGAGGUUACAAAGAGGUGGGAUCUUCUUAAAUUCUGUUUACUCUCCAAUGAAAUCAAAAAAGGGAAUUCUUAUAGGAGGAACAUUAUAGGAGAAUGAAAGUGAGCUUUGUCAGUCAUCUAAAAGCAUGUUUUUUCCUUCAUAAAUGCGUCAUCUUUAUUUCUUUCUACUGCACAGUAGAAAAAAAAAAGAUCUCCUCAACAGCAAAAUUCCUGUGAAUAACUUUGCUAGUAAUCUGGAGAGGCAGAGCUGCUGUUUCUAGAAAGAGAUGCUGCUUCAGAAUUUCUUUAAUUCACCCAUCAACAGUGUAGACUAGUUAACCAUCUUUAACUUGACCAAAACAUCAAAGAUUAUCAGAGAAAAAAAAAUCUAUGUGGCAUGAUAUUUUAGUUUACAAUUUGAAAGAAGUAAACCUGAAUAAAUGCUUUCAUAUGAAUGCUUAUAUGCUUGUCCCUUUAGCUGCUAUGAACAUCCUAUUUGAUAUACUAUGAAAAAGCUUGUGCACAUCCUAGAUGAGAAAUGAUAAUUCAAUGCAUCGUUCUUCAACAGUUUGUUUGAUCUAUUGUGAAAAGAUAGAAACUAUUUUUCCAUGCAAACUAUUUGAAUGUUGGACAGAUUACCACCUUCAUCAUAAGAUACUUUGUCAUGACAUCUCAAUGUCCCUUACAGAAACGUAACAGUCUAGUUCUGUUUCAAAGUCUGCUUUUUUAAUCUCUAACUCAUUCACAUUUUCACAUGAAUUGGUCUAUUUUAUGGGAUUUAGAGAUAAAAUAUCAUGAGGAUUCAGAAACAUAAGUUAACACAAGAUUAUGGAAGUUAAAAAAAAAUAAAAUAAAAAGAAACCUGUGCUGAUUUUUACAUCCUUAAAGGACUCUAACUUCAGAUUUAGAUUUUUAAGGCUGCUCUAGUGUUGGCAAAGACUCUGUUACAGUGAUACAAAAAUGGUGUACAAGAGCGAUAAAAGGAAACAAAACAUUACAAAAAUGUAUGCAUACGUUUUUGCACAUAACUGUACUGAUAUUGCGUAUACCGUUCCCAAAUUUAGGUGGCCACGUACUAAGAGUUCACCCCACUUAUAGCAUCUUGUGCGAGUCUGUAUUCAUAUUUCAGUCUGGACCACUUUUGUCAAAAAGAAUAAUUCAUGUGUUAUUUUUGGCAAUAUGGCCCUGGUCUGAGAGGUUCCUGCACUUCCAUGACUGCAUUUGGGAUACCAAAGUCUGAGGUGGGGAGAGCACACCUCCCCUCUAUAAAAGCCAAGGCAGGGAGAGCAGCAGCAAAGACCCCCCACCCCCUAAACCAGGGUAUAGAACAAGUAGGCUUCAGGGCACUUGUAAAAUCCAAUAGUUAAAACACAAAAAGAGGAAUGAUUUUCAUACGCAACUUGAAUUUAAGUUUAUGUUGUCAACUAAUGAACACAUAUCCUGACUUAUCGAUUUAUUAUUUGUCUGCAGGUCUGGUUCCAAAACGCCCGGGCUAAGUUCAGAAGGAACCUUCUACGGCAGGAGAGCACGGGGGUGGACAAGGCUUCUGACGGCUCCACGCUGCAGGGCGGGACGCCGUCGGGCCCAGCAUCUGAGAUCUCCAACGCCUCCAUGAGCCCUUCCAGCACCCCCACCACCCUGACAGACUUGACUAACCCCACCAUGCCCACUGUCACCUCCGUGCUCACCUCAGUGCCCGGCGGCUUAGACGUCCACGAGUGCCGGAGCCCCUCACAGACCACGCUGACCAGCCUCUUCUGAUAGAUGAACCCAUGAAUCCCCCUGUCCCUCAACCUCUGCUCCUCCCCCUUGGAUCUUAAACUGAGCACUGUUGAUCCCUUCGGACAUUAAAUGGAUUAGUAAAGAGAAGGUAAUGGAAAAAAAUAAUAAUUUCUCUCUGAGCCCAUUAGAGACUAUUUGCAUAGUGAGGCAGCCAAGCCUUACAGAAGGAACAGUUGUUGUUAUUUUGAUGUUGUUGUCUUGUCGGGAACUGAGGAGACUUGAUUUGCAUUUUUCAAUGUUUACAGAAAGAGACUGCGGAGGGGAAAAAAACUGCUUAAUUUUUUGGAAAUUUGUUUUUUUCCAGCACAGUAUUUAUGUUGUUGUACAAGAGUCACUGUUAGAAGGAUUGUAAAAAAUUCCUUUUUUGAAAAUCUGAGAUUAAACACAGGUUAAAAUAUC